AUGUCCGACGCACUUGUCGGACUUCGCAGUUCAGAUAAGAAAUCAAUGUCUCGUCUUCGCGAUUCAGCGGAAUACGUCUCUAAGGUAAAACAUCGAUGGGCUGGUCAUCAUGAAAAGGACAGACGACAGAUGGACACUAAGAACUCUGGAAUGGAUUCCUCGCUAAGCAAUCAUCGAGGGAGGCCACCGACCGAUGAUAGACUGACAUGUUCGUUGCCAGCUGAAUUCUCAGCUGUAACGAGUAAUGGAUCUCGACCUCGCGAACAUCGCCGCCGCAGUUCAAUACCGACAUCGUAA